AUGGAGCCCUCCCCAGGUGCAGGCCUUCAGCCUUGGACUCCCAGACUCCAGAACUCAGCACCCAGCAGAGCCCUUCCCGGGGCGGGACCCCCAGACUCCAGCACUCAGAACCCAGCAGAGCCCUCCCCGGGGCAGGACUCCCAGACUCCAGAACUCAGCAGAGCCCUCCCCAGUGCAGGACUCCCAGACUCCAGCACUCAGCACCCAGCAGAGCCCUCCCCAGGGCAGGACACCCAGACUCCAAACUCAGCACCCAGCAGAGCCCUCCCCGGGGCAGGACUCCCAGACUCCAGAACUCAGCACCCAGCAGAGCCCUCCCCUGGGCAGGACUCCCAGACACCAGAACUCAGCACCCAGCAGAGCCCUCCCCUGGGCAGGACCCUCAGACUCCAGAACUCAGCAGAGCCCUCCCCGGGGCAGGACCCCCAGACUGCACAGCUCAGCACCCCACAGAGCCCUCCUUGGUGCAGGACCCACAGACUCCAGAGCUCAGUACCCAGCAGAGCCCUCCUCGGGGCAGGACCCCCAGACUCCAGAGCUCAGCACCCAGCAGAGCCCUCCCCGGGGCAGGACUCCCAGACUCCAGAGCUCAGCACCCAGCAGAGCCCUCCCCGGUGCAGGUCCCCCAGACUCCAGAGCUCAGCACCCAGCAGAGCCCUCCCCAGUGCAGGUCCCCCAUACUCCAGAGCUCAGCACCCAGCAGAGCCCUCUCCGGGGCAGGACCCCCAGAUUCCAGAACUCAGCAGAGCCCUCCUCGGGGCAGGACCCCCAGACUCCAGAGCUCAGCACACAGCAGAGCCCUCCCCGGGGCAGGACCCCCAGACUCCAGAGCUCAGCACCCAGCAGAGCCCUCCCCGGGGCAAGACUCCCAGACUCCAGAGCUCAGCACCCAGCAGAGCCCUCCCCGGUGCAGGUCCCCCAGACUCCAGAGCUCAGCACCCAGCAGAGCCCUCCCCGGGGCAGGACCCCCAGACUCCAGAACUCAGCACCCAGCAGAGCCCUCUCCGGGGCAGGACCCCCAGACUCCAGAACUCAGCAGAGCCCUCCUCGGGGCAGGAUCCCCAUACUCCAGAGCUCAGCACCCAGCAGAGCCCUCCCCGGGGCAAGACUCCCAGACUCCAGAGCUCAGCACCCAGCAGAGCCCUCUCCGGGGCAGGACCCCCAGACUCCAGAACUCAGCAGAGCCCUCCUCGGGGCAGGACCCCCAGACUCCAGAGCUCAGCACACAGCAGAGCCCUAACCGGGGCAGGACCACAUACUCCAGAACUCAGCACCCAGCAGAGCCCUCCCCGGGGCAGGACCCCCAGACUCCAGCACUCAGCACCCAGCAGAGCCCUCCCCUGGGCAGGACCCCCAGACUCCAGAGCUCAGCACCCAGCAGAGCCCUCCCCGGGGCAGGACUCCCAGACUCCAGCACUCAGCACCCAGCAGAGCCCUCCCCGGGGCAGGACUCCCAGACUCCAGCACUCAGCACCCAGCAGAGCCCUCCCCGGGGCAGGACCCCCAGACUCCAGAACCCAGCAGAGCCCUCCUCUGGGCAGGACCCCCAUCCUCCAGAGCUCAGCACCCAGCAGAGCCCUCCCCGGGGCAGGACCCCCAGACUCCAGCACUCAGCACCCAGCAGAGCCCUCCCCGGUGCAGGACCCCCAGACUCCAGAACUCAGCACCCAGCAGAGCCCUCCCCGGGGCAGGACCCCCAGACUCCAGAACUCAGCACCCAGCAGAGCCCUCCCCGGGGCAGGACCCCCAGACUCCAGAGCUCAGCACUCAGCAGAUCCCUCCCCAGUGCAGGACUCCCAGACUCCAGCACCCAGCAGAGCCCUCCCCCGGGGCAGGACCCCCAGACUCCAAAACUCAGCAGAGCCCUCCCCGGGGUAG